AUGUUGGGACUGUAUCGGAUGGGGCAAGACUUGAAGGGCAACACGGAUAGUUCCCGGGUCAUUCAACUCCGAAAGCCGCUAGAACUAGCGGCUGCGUUCGUUCGGGUACAGCCCGUAAAAGAUCAACCUCCCCCUCCGCACUCGACCAAGGCAUCUCUGUUUCCCGGGCGCGGUUCAGUUAAUGCAAUGCCGUCUGAUGUGAUAGACGUUACCACGGAUCUUGAUAUUUCGGUGCAGGAUGCCGACAACACAAUCUCAGUCUCAGCCUCGGCCUCGGCCUCAAGUCGCCCGACGAAGCGUAAAAGGGUUGCAUUGGCAUGCGACAGUUGUCGGGACCGCAAGAUCAAGUGCGAUGGCUCCAAACCCAUCUGUAGUCCCUGCGGAAAACGCGGAGAGCCUGCUGCUCGGUGUACAUACAAUGUUAUUGCAGGAACGGCUAGGAACCUUAGCGAGCAGGAAUAUAUUUUGUCGCUGCAGAAGCAAGUCACAGAUAUGCAGGAAAUUAUUGAUCAGCUUCGACGAGAAGCAGAAGUCAAUACUGCUGCUGCCAUCAAUAUAAACGCCAGGGAGUCAAGAAGCCCCAGAGACAGACCACCGACUGCUACAGGCACUAUAGGAAUAGGCUCGGACAUUACCCGCGCCGCUACUGGCAGCAGGGCAGGGGUCUCUAUUAGAGUCUCCGAGGCUGGUGGGCCAAGCCCUGUCAGUGCCAUGGGGGCUACGACUCUGACCCAGAAUUGCCCAGAAGAUGACUUCUACGGCCAAUCAUCGGUUCAUUCGUUGCUACGUGAGGUCUCUCACACCCAGUCUCAAACCUUGGAUCCAUCUCGCGACAGAACCCAGGAAUCUGCUUCAGUAUCCGUGUCCGGCUUCUCCACGGCGGUAUUAUGUUCUCCUGACUUUGCCCUCCCCCCACGACAUGUUGCCGACAGAAUCCUCGAUCUGUAUUUCAACAGUGUUCAUAUCUUCUACCCUUGGACGCACUCUGUCAGCUUCAGAAGGCGAUAUGAAUCGCUCUGGGAAUCAAGUGGUUACCCAGGUCCUCAGACUGGCGAGUCAGGCGACAUUGGCCUUGGAGGUGAACGAUGCUCCGAGUCGUCCUUCUUUUGUGCUCUCAAUGCCAUGUUUGCUCUUGGCUGUGAGUUCUCAGACUUUCCACAAAAGGAAACUGCGUCAGCAACUUUCAGUUCGCGCAUGAGGAGUCUGUUACAGAUGGAUAUCCUCGAUAAAGGCGAUUUAUCCCACGUUCAAGCGUUGCUUCUUGCUGCCCAGUUUGCUAUAUCAAGCGAGUACCCUACAAGAUGCUAUAAUAUUGUCGGGUUGGCUUGUCGCAUCGCUGUCGGUCUAGGUUUGCACAGCGAGAGACAUGCAGAUAAACGGUCUAAUCUGGAGAAUGAAGUACGUCGCAGGGUCUGGUAUGGAUGUUUGCAAAUGGAAAUGACCAUCUGCAUGACAUUGGGUAGACCGCCAGUAUUGGAGAUGACAGACGAUGUUCUCAUUCCAUCUGCCGUUGACGACGAUUUCAUCACUGGUGAGGCUUCAUCAUGCAGUCAACCUGACGGCACCAUCUCGCAAAAUCUGUUUAUGGUAGAAAAUAUACGGCUGGCCAAAGUACUCGGAAAGAUCCUUUCUUCCAUCUACUGGCAGAGCUCUCCAUCCGACUUCAGCACCCUUGUUCGCCUAGAAGGCGUCCUCGAGGAUUUUCGUACAUCUCUGGUUGAUACCCUGAGAUGGUGGGACCGUGAGUCAGAGUCUCAAGGCGCGCUGACUCAGCGAGAUCAUGUCCUUAGAAGACAGCGAAAUGUCCUUCAUGCAAGGUUUCUUCAUCUCAAGAUUUUACUAUACAGACCCAGCUUCAGUUCUUACUGCUCAACUGUGAGGCGCGCGUUCCAAGGCAGGGGCACAGAAACAGGGCCAGUGUCGGGCGAGGACAGGCCUGAAGUCAACACAUUACAGGCAGCGUUCCAGUCUCAGUGCGCUACAACAUGUGCCAAGGCUGCUUACGACCUUUCAGUCUCCCUGCUAUCUGCGAGACAGGACGAUGCCACUGGCGCAUGGUGGUUUAGUCUAUUCUGUAUGGCCCUGUACUUCUCGAUGCUUGGUGUUUAA